CUAGCUGGUCAGGCGCGUCACCGGCGAGAGAGCGGGACCCCGAGGUUUUCUGCUCGGGGAACUGGGGGCCAACGGUGAGGAGGAGGAGGACGCGCCCGCCCGCAAUCUGCUUGGUCCUAGGCAGCCGCCGCUGCCCGUUUGAUGUUUUGGUACAGGGUGCGCAUGCGCCUCAUAUUAGCAUUACUGCACUGGGCAGACUAAGUUGGAUCUCCUCUCUCCAGUGAAAACCUCAAUCCCAUCAAAACUAGAGGGAUGUGGAGAGUCCGGAAAAAGGGUUACUUCGGCUUCUGGUCCUUUCCCUUGAUAAUCGCCGUUGUAUGUGCUCAGAGUGUCAAUGACCCUAGUAAUAUGUCGCUGGUUAAAGAGACGGUGGAUAGACUCCUGAAAGGCUAUGACAUUCGUCUGAGGCCAGAUUUUGGAGGGCCUCCGGUGGCGGUAGGAAUGAACAUUGACAUCGCUAGCAUCGAUAUGGUUUCGGAAGUCAAUAUGGAUUAUACCUUGACAAUGUACUUUCAGCAAGCCUGGAGAGAUAAGAGACUCUCCUAUAACGUAAUACCUUUAAACCUGACACUGGACAAUAGAGUGGCAGACCAGCUCUGGGUGCCUGAUACCUACUUCCUGAAUGAUAAGAAGUCAUUUGUGCAUGGAGUGACUGUGAAGAACCGAAUGAUCCGCCUGCAUCCAGACGGGACUGUCCUUUAUGGCCUCAGGAUUACAACUACAGCUGCCUGCAUGAUGGACCUAAGGCGGUACCCCUUGGAUGAACAAAACUGCACCCUGGAAAUUGAAAGCUGUUCCUAUCCCAGAUUAUCUCUCAGCUUUAAGCUUAAGAGAAACAUUGGUUACUUUAUCCUGCAAACAUAUAUGCCUUCCAUACUGAUCACCAUCCUCUCUUGGGUCUCCUUCUGGAUCAACUAUGAUGCUUCAGCUGCAAGAGUGGCAUUAGGAAUCACAACUGUUCUGACAAUGACCACAAUCAACACCCAUCUCCGUGAAACACUUCCUAAAAUCCCCUAUGUGAAGGCCAUUGACAUGUACCUGAUGGGGUGCUUUGUCUUCGUUUUCAUGGCCCUCUUGGAAUACGCCCUGGUGAACUACAUUUUCUUUGGAAGGGGACCUCAACGCCAAAAGAAAGCAGCUGAGAAGGCUGCUAGUGCCAACAAUGAGAAGAUGCGCCUGGAUGUAAACAAGAUUUUUUAUAAAGAUAUUAAACAAAAUGGGACCCAAUAUCGAUCCUUGUGGGACCCUACUGGAAACCUCUCCCCAACUAGACGGACUACCAAUUACGAUUUCUCUCUAUAUACGAUGGACCCCCACGAGAACAUCUUACUGAGCACCCUUGAGAUAAAAAAUGAAAUGGCCACCUCUGAGGCUGUGAUGGGACUUGGAGACCCCAGGAGCACGAUGCUGGCCUAUGAUGCCUCCAGCAUCCAGUACCGGAAAGCGGGAUUGCCCAGGCAUAGUUUUGGCCGAAAUGCCCUGGAACGACAUGUGGCACAAAAGAAAAGCCGCCUGCGGAGACGCGCCUCCCAACUGAAAAUCACCAUCCCCGACUUGACUGAUGUGAAUGCCAUAGAUCGAUGGUCUCGCAUAUUCUUCCCAGUGGUUUUUUCCUUCUUCAACAUUGUCUACUGGCUUUAUUAUGUGAACUAAGAAGCGCUGUCCUGUAGGAAGCAAGGACUUGAUUCCUCUUCAAACCAGUUGUACAGCCUGAUGUAGGACUUGGAAAACACAUCAAUCUGGGACAAAAGUGAUGCUAAAAUACCUUAGUUGCUGGCCUAUCCUGUGGUCCAUUUCAUACCAUUUGGGUUGCUUCUGCUAAGUAAUGAAUACACUAAGGUCCUUGUGGUUUUCCAGUUUAAAUGCAAGCGAUUUGUACACUUGCUGGCAAGAUGGAUUCUGAGUGUUCCACUUUACCUGCUUUAGUCUUCCACCUGUACAAGAGGGGAAUUAUUUGGAGGGGAUUCUUAGAAGACUUGGUCACAUUGUCAGUCGUUUCCCUGAGAAGUGGUCAGAUCCAGACACUCCCCAUCUGUAUUCCAAAGGUUGACAUGGGGUUGUGAUGGCACUGUGCUUGUGAAACCUUUCCUGCCAUGUCAUGUACACAUGCUUGCUGGGAGAUGGCCCAAGCUAUUGUUGCAAGGUGACAAUGGUGCUGGGGGAAGAUCAUUCCCACUGGAUUCUGGAACACCCUCACACAGUAGGGGCAACAAAGGAGAGUCAAGACAGGGACUCAAGAAACCAAUCUGGCCAAUCUCUUUGUUCUUUUGAAUACAGGCUAUCAACUCUGAUGUCUUCCAUAUUGGCAUUUAAGUGCAGGAGACUUCUGAACAUCAUGAUGUGUUGUGGCCAUUUUUGGCUGAUUAAAGUUGGAAUGAAUAACCCAGCCCAGAGCAGAAAACCCUGAAACGACUGUUGUAAGAAAAUGAAUGUCAGUGUGCACCCAUGGCCCUUACAAACUGCACAUAGCAUCUAGUCUAUAUGGUAUGUAUUUCACAGCGAAAGGUGAACCAAGGAAGGUUUUUCAAUUCUGUUCCCACCCUAACCCUAAUCUGACAAGUUUCUGACAGCAUGCCUAAGUGGUUUUUAUAGGCUAUCUAAUCAAAAACAGCCACACAAGACAAGUUAGGGAAAAUGGAAGUGACGUAGAUGUUCGAGUUAGACUGGAAGUCAUUCAAAUAUGUGAACACAGACAGAGCACAGGCCAGGCUAGCAAAUCGGCUGUUUUCCCAGACAAUGGAUGUCUCUGCCCCAGUUCCCCAUACAUUUGUUUCUGAACUUAUUUGGGGACUUUUGAAAGAAAGAUUUGUUCAUUGAUUUUAACGAUUAAUAGACCUGCCCGGCUUCCCUCACUUCCUCAAUUCUGAUUAUAUUCUUAGGAAACACCGUGCAUCCUUGAAAGAUUGAGUGAACACUGUUUCCCGAGUGCAAUGAAGUUAACAUUUUUUCUCAGCAACAGUCUUUCAUAGGGUAUGUGUAUAAGUCAAAUUAGAUUGCGGGCUUGUGUUGGGUUUGUUUUGCUUAUUUUGUUAAAGAGUUUUUCAUUAUACUCGUUGCAAUACACCUACGCAAAGAAAACACAAAAACUAGCAGAAAACAGAAUACUAACAAAGCCCUAUUAGCUUAAUGAAUGUGUAAGCCUUCAUUGAUGUUGCAGGAAAAAAAAUUUAACUGAUGACCAGGCCGACAAGAAGUAUUGUUUUUAUUCUACGUCUAAUUUAUAUCACUUUCUACAGUAAUUGGACAUAUACAUUCAUAUGUUGGACAAGAAAAGCAAGUAAGAUAGAGAUUUUAUUUGCUUCAAUGUGAAGCUCAUAUUUUUCUUUGCUGAUAGAAAAGAGUAAAUUGCUAAAUCUUUCUUAGAGUUAUUUAUUACCUACUUUUGAUGGAAGAAUGACCUUAAUAGUUUUUUUCCCCUUUUCUACGUAGCAUCCCUGAUUAUGUAGAGUCAAAGUCAACAUCUGCCUGUGGAGAAAACAUGUACUUAAUUCCCAUGUUGAUUCAGAAGGUUAUGAUGGAAUCUUGCUGCCUUUCUAUCCCAUCUACAAAGGGAAAACAAAACAAAACAAAACAAAAUGGCUCGUCCUCCAACUUUCCGGAUUUGUCCCAAGGUGGGAUGUUUUCAGCAGUGUAGGGAAAUCUGCCCCUUACUUUUCAAUUACACACUCGAACACCUCUGAGCAUGGUCUGUGAGCAGAGUAUGACAGCGGUGCUGCCCAUGUCGGCUCAGAGUCAGGCUCCUCGAGUUUUCCAGGGAAACACUUUCUCUUAGGGAAUCAAUGUAGGGAAUCACCCAAAUAUCAUUGCCUGCUCCUUGCUGCCAGAGCUAACAUUUAAGCAGGACAUACGAGGAAGGAGCAUAUUGAUAACUCAGGUGCACAACUCCAAAAUGCCAUUUUGGAAAGGAUUUUUCUAGAGAUAAUUCAGAGCCCAACUGUAGAAUUGGACUCAUCUUUGCAAUUACUGUAAAAGCCAUAACAAUCUUUGAUAUUGUCAUUUAUGGUUACAAGAAUAUGUUGGAUAUACACAGGGAUGUCAAAAGAGCAACCUCGCCUCAAGUGAAGAGCAUCAACUGUGCAGUGUGAAUCGCAGAAGCACAUAGACAGGAGUCUGUUCCUGUCCUCAGUGAUACGAAGGAAAGGGAGAAGAGCAGGGACCUUGAAACACAUGCCCCAGAGUCACACCCAUAUUGGCAUCCCGGAGCCAUGUAGGUAGAAACAGCUGACUCGUCCUGCCCAGAGAUCACAGUAGGCUUUAUUCUUGAACUAUACUUUUUCUCAUGUUGGAUUAGAAUGUAGUUUUCAAAUGGUGAGGGUGGGGGUGCUAGGUCAGAUAACUAUGAAAACCAGUCAGCUUGAUAGCCAGUGAUUAUACUGAAGGACCACAAAGGUAUGUCUUGGUAACCCUGGUGUGGUAUUACUAUCACUUUAUACAUACAUGUACAGCUUUUCUUUUGAUUCAAAACAGCUAGAGAGCCAGCAAUGAAGGUGUUUUUUCAUCUUUGUGAAAUCAAUAGGCAAAUUCUGACUCUUACAAUGCACAGUCUAAGUGAGAUCUUUGAUCUCACUCUGUAUAUAUCUAUAUUGUACAUGACUGCUAGUAGUUAUGAAAUGCAUUUUCAGAAUUGAAAACUCAUGCAACAUACUCAUGUGUUUGCAUAAGGAAUGUUACCAUUUCUUUCUACUGCAAUUUAAUAGCAGGGAAGAGAUGUAAGCAGUGCCAUCUAGACCUUUCUCUUCUCGUUUCUUCAAAAGCAGUGCUAAGGAAAAAAAUAUAUAUAUAUCUGUAUGUGUGUGGUUUACGAACCAAAAGACUUUGCUUUCUAGCAUUAGGAACACAAAAAAAAUCUAUCAGCUUACAAAAGCACAACACAUAGAGAAAGUGCAGUGGAACGCAUGAUGGGGAAAUGAAUCAUAUUUAUUUUAAGCAAGACCUGCAAUAAAUUGGCAACUCUGAUGUCCAUUUUCCUAUAGGUAACUGUAUUCCAGUUUCAUGAUUAAUUUCAUGCUCAGAAGCAGAAAAAGUAAAUCAUCAUCCACCAAGGCAGGUCUCACAGCAUAUCUACAUGUAUAUAUGUGUAUAUAUAGAUCCAUAUAAACAUACAUACAUAUAUAUGCAUUUAUAUGUUGGGAAAAAAAGGAAUAAGCUAAUACGUUUCAUUUCCUUCAUUAAGCCAGUAUGCAGAUACUUUUAAUUUGGCAGCCAACGAAUCAACAUAUUGAAAUACAUAAAUACAGGGUACUGAGCAUUUCUCUAUCAGCAAAGUAAUGCCUACCAUUCUUAUGAACCAUGGCACAGUUUGACACUGCAAUAGUACCAUGCCUCAGAACAUCGGGAAUUAGCUAGUUCUCACCGUUGCUUGUCUAGCUGCUCUCUUUUUAAAGGAAGCAAAUAACAUUAUUCAUUGGUGAUUUAAAACAAAUCUGUCUUAAAAAAUUACUAAAAAAAAAAAUCCUCCUAGGAGGAGAAAGAAACGAAAAAAAAAAAUCCCUUGAACCCCACCAUGUUGGUUAGGGCAAAAUAAUUGUCAAUUGUAGCAAUCCAGCUGUUUUGCUAAGUGUACAGAGUCCAUGUAAUGUGAGCAACCAUAACUGUCAGUGAGCGUGUGUAAAUAUUAAAAACAGAUUUCUUAAAUAUUUUUAACUUCUAAUUUGUAUUUUCUGGUAAGGCAAAGUGCUAAUUAUGUUUAUGGCUUAAGUUGAUGUGUCAUAAUAUUAUGUAAAUAAUUAAACAUGCUGUAAAUGAAGUCAAUAGAUAAAAAUAAUUGUUUAGGGUUUUUUUUCUCUUAAUGUUUAUUUAUUUUUUACGAAGUAUAGCACUUCAGUGCCCCAGCAGAAUAAUUUAAACACCCUUUUGCACAAAUGGUUUGGGAUCCCAGACAGAAGAAUUUCAAUUUGCUCUCGCUCUCUUACACACACACACACACACACACACACACACACAGAGAACACACACACACACCUUUCUCCUUUCUUUUUCUGUCACCUGCUUACUCCUGCCCCUCAAGCCCCUGAAUGGGAGAUGCUGUAGUGUUUAUGUAGUUGAUAUAGCAACCAAAAGAUAACCUUUUACCUGGCACUUGGGAAAAGCAGAAUUAUUAGUAAUUUACUAGAGUCUUUUAUACAUCAGAGUUCAAGAAACCAAAGGUUGUAUCUUAAAUCUCAAUUUUCAAUUGGUAAAAUUUUAUAUUGAUGACACUACAGAAAAUAAAAAUGCUUAUUCAUAUCUGCUUCAGAAAUCAGUCACACACAAUACAUAACAAUAAACUUUUUAUUUUGGGGUUUUGUUUUUUGCUUUUUUGUUUUUUAAUGAUAGCAUCUGUCUUUAGGUGGUAUUGUUCCCAUAAGCCAAAGAUUCCAGAAUUACUUUUAAAAAAAUGGAAAGGAAAAAAAAAAGGGAAAAAUUUAAAAAGACACUGCUUCACACCAAAGGUUUUUUAACAUUUUCCAAAUGCACUAGGAACCUUGCUGGAAAAAAAAUGGUAAAGAGUCAACAGAACACAGACACUGACCUAUUAAAAUCAUUGGGGAAAAAAAGAUGUGGCAUUCUUAAAUAUCUACUAGUUAUUUGGAAAUUGAAGUGGAAUGUUUGUGUAGAUACAUGUAAAAUUCUCACAUCAUAUUUUAAUUUGCUUUGAAAAGUACUUCUGUUCUAAAGCUCAUGAUUCACAAUGAUGAAAAAAGAUGUGUUCUUGCAUUUCCAGAAUCACAUGCCACUCCCCUGCUGCGUGUCCUCUAAGCUGAGGUCUGUGCCCUUGCACCAAGCGAAGCCAGUGGGCCGUUCACGCACUUGUGUCUUUGAGUUUUCCUUUCAGUAUAGUUGGAAUGAUACCAGGAAGUUACACCAUGACUAUUUUAUAAAUAAUUCAAAGUUGCAUAUGGCUUGAAUUCCAUAGCAUUUAUUUUUAUUUUCCUUGGCAUGGGUGUUUAAAUAGUUCUGUUAUGGAUAUUGUCCCUUGCGCAGUUUGGGAAUUGUCCUUUUAUAAAAGGUGAUAAUCUAGUUUUUUCAAAGUGUAGUGACUAUCAGCCUUACUUAAUAACCUUGUAGCCUUUUUUAAUGUCACAUAAUGCACAUUUUCCAUGGCUAGAAAAUGCAAAACACCAGUGGCUAUCAUUGCAUCUCUCUUCAUGUCUUUCUAAAAACGGGACAGCUGCAAUCUCUGGGAUACACGCGAUAGUGAGAAAUGAGGAUUAUCCAUGAGUAGCACAUCAGAAAUAUUUUCUUGAAUUUAAGCUUAUUUCAGCAUGUAAAUAUAUAGUAAUGUUGGCUAGUGUGUAAUUCCUGAACUAAGAAAUAUAAAUAAAACUUUAAAAGGU